GCAUUACAUCCAUCCUUUUCCUCUGUAUUUGUAUCAAUAGCUCAGCACUGCCAACCAAAUGUUUCUCAAUACUAAAGCUCUAAGUUUGCAUUAAAAAAUGGAGCUGCCAGGAAUGAGUUCAUGCAUAUUGUGGCUGCUUUUUUUGCAAAUAAUACAACUCCCCAUUCCUUUCUCAUUACCUACGGGAGGAAACGAGACAGAUAGACUGUCCCUGCUUGCUCUUAAGAGUCAAAUUACAAACGAUCCCUUUGGUAUGCUGAGCUCCUGGAAUGAAUCCUUGCACUUCUGCGAUUGGUCAGGAGUUAUAUGUGGAAAGAGGCAUCGGAGAGUCGUAGAGAUUGACCUACACUCUGCCCAACUGGUGGGCAGCCUAUCUCCACACAUUGGCAACUUGAGUUUUCUCAGGAUACUGAAACUGGAAAACAACAGGUUCAGCCAUAACAUCCCACAGGAACUGGGUCAUUUGUUUCGCCUACGGAUGCUGAGCCUUGAGAACAAUACAUUCGAUGGCAAAAUCCCAGUCAACAUUUCGCAUUGCUCAAACCUCUUGAUCCUCUCUUUGUCGGGCAAUAAUCUUACUGGCAAACUUCCUAUAGAACUUGGAUCGUUAUCAAAGCUGCAGGUUUUUUUUUUUCAAUUUAACUAUCUGGUUGGCGGGAUACCAUCUUCUUUUGGAAAUUUAUCAGCUAUUAUACAAAUUUUUGGGGCGGGGAAUUAUUUGCAAGGAGGAAUCCCCAAUAGCAUUGGCCAAUUGAAAAGUUUAAAAUCGUUCUCUUUUGGUCGAAAUAAUAUGACUGGUAUGAUCCCUCCCUCUAUAUACAAUCUUUCUUCUCUCAUGCGAUUUGCGGUGCCAGUGAACCAACUUCAUGGGAAUCUUCCUCCUGACUUAGGCCUAACUCUUCCAAACCUUGAAAUUCUUCUAAUGUCUUUCAACCGUUUCAGUGGGUCAAUUCCACCAACGUUCUCCAAUGCCUCGACUAUUGCUGUUAUUGAACUCUCAAACAACAAUCUCACUGGGAGAGUUCCCGAUUUAUCAAGCCUGAGUAAGCUGCGAUGGCUGAUAGUUGAUGUAAAUUAUCUUGGAAAUGGUAAUGAUGAUGACCUAAGUUUUCUCCCUCCCCUGGCAAACAAGACCAGUUUGGAAGAAUUGUCUAUAAAUGAUAACAAUUUCGGAGGGUUGCUGCCUAAAAUAAUUAGCAACUUCUCAGAAAACCUGAAGAGAAUGACAUUCGGAAGAAACCAAAUACGUGGAAGUAUUCCAAGUGGUAUAGGAAAUCUCAUUGGCCUGGAUACUUUGGGUUUGGAGAUGAAUCAGUUGACUGGUGUUAUUCCAAAUUCUAUUGGUAAAUUACAAAACUUGGGUGUACUGGCUCUUGGUGGAAACAAAAUCUCAGGGAACAUUCCAUCUUCUAUGGGCAAUAUCACUUCCUUGCUCGAAGUUUAUUUAUCUGCAAAUAACUUACAAGGUAGAAUCCCAUCAAGUCUUGGAAAUUGCCAAAAUUUGUUGAUAUUGCAUCUUGAUCAAAACAAUUUGAGUGGCUCCAUACCAAAAGAAGUAAUUAGUAUUCCAUCCUCAUCAAGAAUUUUAGUUCUAUCUGAAAACCAGUUGACAGGUUCCCUUCCCCUGGAAGUGGGUAAGUUGGCGAAUCUUGGAUAUUUCAAUCUUUCUCAUAACAGGUUAUCUGGUGAGAUCCCCAGAACACUUGGAAGCUGUGUGAGUUUGGAGUUUUUGUAUAUGGAGGGGAAUCUUUUCCAAGGGCCGAUUCCUGAGUCUUUGAGUUCCUUGAGGGCCCUUCAAAUUCUCAAUCUCUCCCACAACAACUUGAGUGGAGAGAUUCCCAAGUUUUUGGCAGAAUUGAAGUUGCUGACAAGUUUGGAUCUUUCAUUUAAUAACCUUGAAGGUGAGGUACCUGUCCAAGGAAUCUUUGCUAGGGCCAGUGGAUUUUCAAUGUUGGGAAACAAAAAACUUUGUGGAGGAAUGCCUCAGCUGAAUCUGUCCAGAUGCACAUCCAAGAAGUCAAGAAAGCUGAAAUCUUCUACCAAGCUGAAAUUGAUAAUUGCAAUUCCUUGUGGCUUUGUUGGAAUUAUCUUGGUCGUCUCUUACAUGCUUUUCUUUUUCUUGAAAGAGAAGAAAAGUAGGCCAGCUUCAGGCUCCCCAUGGGAGAGCACAUUUCAGCGAGUAGCCUACGAAGACCUGCUUCAAGCAACCAAUGGGUUCUCCCCUGCUAAUUUAAUUGGUGCGGGUAGUUUUGGAUCCGUGUAUAAGGGAAUCCUCAGAUCAGAUGGAGCAGCUGUUGCAGUGAAAGUAUUCAACCUGCUACGUGAAGGAGCAUCCAAGAGUUUCAUGGCGGAAUGUGCAGCCUUGAUAAACAUCAGGCACCGAAAUCUUGUAAAAGUUUUAACAGCGUGUUCUGGCAUUGAUUUUCAAGGUAAUGAUUUUAAAGCUCUAGUUUACGAGUUCAUGGUGAACGGGAGUCUAGAAGAGUGGUUGCAUCCAGCUCAAAUAUCUGACGAGGCACACAGGCGAAGAGAUUUGAGUCUCCUUCAGCGGUUGAACAUCGCAAUUGACGUGGCUAGUGCACUCGAUUAUUUGCACAACCAUUGCCAGAUUGCUAUUGUUCAUUGCGAUCUGAAGCCAAGCAAUGUCCUUCUUGAUGGUGACUUGACUGCUCAUGUUGGUGACUUUGGAUUAGCAAGGCUCCUCCCACAAGCUUCCCAUCAGCUCUGUUUGGAUCAGACAAGCUCCAUUGGUUUAAAAGGCACCAUUGGCUAUGCAGCCCCGGAGUAUGGCCUUGGAAGCGAGGUGUCGCCUUAUGGGGACGUGUACAGCUAUGGCAUCCUAUUAUUGGAGGUGUUUACCGGAAGGAGACCUACGGAUGGCUUGUUUAAAGACGGGCUGAACCUUCAUAACUUUGCUAAAACGGCUUUGCCAAUCUCUGUGGCCGAAGUGUUGGACCCAGUACUUGUAACAGAAGCUGAGGAAACGAGCGGCGAUGCCUCUCGUAGGAUGAGCCAUAUUGGAAAUCAUAUGGAGUGUCUUGCUGCUAUUGUCAAGGUUGGAGUUGCUUGUUCUGCAGAAUUCCCAAGAGAACGCAUGGAAAUUAGCAGUGUUGCAGUUGAACUGCGUCGAAUCAGGCACAUUCUUCUGGGACCUCAGACUCAUGGGAAGCGCUAAAUUAUUGCUGCACCAGAAGGUAAAUUUCCAUCAUUUGAUUAGUACCUGGUCA